AAACGGUUUUGUUUUCGACUUCUGUCGUCGUCAACCUCAGGGUAACUUUGAGAAAACGAAAAGCACACGAAAUACGAAACCCUAAUUGUUCAUCGAAGCAACAAUGGCAUCGACGGCGAAGCGAUGCCACUACGAAGUUCUCGGUCUACCUCGCGAAUGCUCACCAGAAGAACUCCGAUCAGCUUACCGGAAACUCGCCCUCCAACGCCACCCCGACAAGCUCGUCAAAUCAGGCCUCUCUCAAUCCGAAGCCACCGCUCAAUUUCAGGAGCUACAACACGCUUAUGAGGUUCUCUCCGAUCCAAAGGAACGAGCUUGGUACGAUUCCCACCGUUCUCAAAUCCUCUUCUCCGAUCCAAAUUCCAAGUCUAAUUCCGUUGUCCCUGACCUGUUUUCGUUUUUCUCGAAUACCGUUUAUUCUGGGUUUUCGGAUUCCGGUAAGGGUUUCUAUAAGGUUUAUUCUGAUGUGUUUGAUAAAAUUCAGGCGAAUGAGAUUAAUUUUGCUAAGAAAUUAGGUUUAGGGAUUGAUUCUGUUAGACAAGCUCCUCUUAUGGGGAACUUGGAUAGUCCUUAUGCGCAGGUUACGGCCUUUUAUAGUUAUUGGUUGGGAUUUUCGACUGUUAUGGAUUUUUGUUGGGCGGAUGAGUAUGAUGCUAUGGCGGGUCCGAAUAGGAAGUCACGGAGGUUGAUGGAGGAAGAGAAUAAUAAGGUGAGGAGGAAGGCGAAGAGGGAGUAUAAUGAUACUGUGAGGAAGUUGGCUGAUUUUGUGAAGAAGAGGGAUAAGAGAGUGAUUGAUAUGAAGGUGAAGAAGAAUUUGGAGAUGGAGAAGAAGAAAGAGGAGGAGAAGGAGAGGAAAAGGAAGUUGGAGAUGGAGAGGAAGGAGAGGGCUAUGGCUUAUGAGGAGCCUGAUUGGGCUAAGGUUGAUGAGGAAGAGGUUGAGGAUUUGUACGAGGAUGAUGAGUCUGAGAAGAAAGAUGAGAAGGAGUUUUAUUGUGUGUUGUGUGGGAAGAAGUUUAAGAGUGAGAAGCAAUGGAAGAAUCAUGAGCAGAGUAAGAAGCAUAAGGAGAAAGUUGCCGAGUUCAAGGAUUCACUUGAUGAUGAAGAGGAGUUAGAAGCUGAGGUGGAUGAGGAAGGUGAAAGUGAAAGAGAAGGAGUUGAUGAGGAGAGAUUGGAAAGUGAGGAGGAUGGAGUUAGGGUUGAUGAUUUGGAGGAGAGGAUUCGAGACAGUCUUAAUGUUGCAGAUGAGGAGAGUGCAAAUGGGGUUGAGCUGAAUGAUGAUGGUGACGAUGAUGAAUUUUUUGAUGCUGAGCAUGCAAAAGAUGGGGAGGAGACUGGUGCGUCAGUUGAUUUUGUUGUUAAUGACGACGAUGAUGAUGAGAAUGAUGUUCUUGAAACAAUGGUAUCUGGGCACAAGGGCCGGUUUGAUUUUGAUGAGAAUGAUGGCAACGAUGACGAUGUUGAUGAUGAUGAAAUUGGGGUUCUUGAAGCAAUGCUGGCUGGACGUAAGAGCAGAAAACCCAGUGCUUCAACACACAAGCCCGAGGUUUCUGAAACUCCGACUCAAAUUGAGAGUGAGAAUGAGAAUGAUGGGGUUGGUGCUAUGGAAUAUAACAACCGAAAGCCUGCAAAAAAGAAACGUAGAGCAAAGAAAGAGAAGGGUGGGAAAAAUGGGGAUGAAACUAAUGUGCCUACUAAUGGCAAAUAUGAGAAGAAUGUAAUCAAUAUUGGAGAUGGUGAUUCUUAUGCACAAGAGUCUAGUUCUCAAUAUUUUGAGGAAAAUGAGGAUAAUGCCGGUAAAGAGAAUGAGCAGGUGGGUAGAGAUAAGAAGAAGAUUUCAAAUCAACCUGUUGAUAAAAAAGGAACUUCAAAGAACACAAAACCCAGAUCAAAACUUUCAACCAGAGGAAGAAAACCAAAUAGAAAUCUUGGUCAUUUUUGCGAGACAUGUGAGGAGGAGUUUGAGUCAAGGAAUAAGUUACAUAAACAUCUGAGCGACUCUGGGCAUGCAGCAAUGAAAAGUCGAUAAGGAAAAUACAGUAAGGAUCAAUCAUUUGAAAUGUAUCAUCAAGUUGUUUUCCAGGUCCAGAUAUGUGACUACUCCAAUUUUGGUCCAUUCUUUAAUUUUUACUAGUGUUUAGAUAAAUUGUAGCUCAGCCUUGCGGCAGAAAACAUGUUGUUUUAUUUAUGCCACAGUUCAUAAGGGUAUGGAUACAAGGUAUAUCCAAAUCUCAAUAGAAAUCAUCUUUGUAUGUCAGACAACAUUUUGAUCAAUCAUAUGUCCCAAACAAAACAUGUGUUUAAAUAGCCAAUGUUAUGGUUUAGGUGAUGUAGUUUUUCUAGAGUGACCAGAUGGAGUCCAUUCUAUUUUCUGGAAACAAUAGUGAGAUGGGAAUCUUAGCAAGCACAAGAUUGAAUGUCUACGAAAAUAGUUUACGGGUGGCAAUUGGAUCGAGAUCUUGCGAUUAAUGGGGUAAAAAUCUGUAAUAUGGGUAUGGGCACUGGUACAGAUUGUAACACUAAAAGAUGCGGACAUCAUACAGUUGCUAAUACAGAAACCAACCGAAGGGUAUUCGAGAUAGUAUUAGAAAAUGUUACAUCGAUGUUUCACUUUUGAAUCAAUUUUAAACUAGUAUUUUUAUUUUUAUUUUAUCAAUUACAAUUGUAUUUUGAUGUUUAUUAGUUUAUGAUAGUUAAAAUGCGGACAUCAUAUACGAGUAUGGAACGUGAUACAAAGUUGUUAUCCAUACCAAUACGAGUCUAGGUACCGGACAAAUAAUUUUUUGAACUACAGAAUGGGGAAGAGUAUUAUACUCCAUACAUUAUCAA